GAUUGUUUGAGCGCAAGGUCUCUUUUUUUCAUCAGCAGAUUAAUACUCUUGAUCAGCCACAAAAGUUAAUAUCGUGGAUGUGGACAAUAAUGACGGUGCCUAGGGGUGUGUUUUUACUCCUGCUUUUACAGUGUUUUACCGUAAAAACAUCAGGAACACGUGUCUCCAGCUGUGAUUCAUGUCACGGUGAAGCCGCCUGCCUCGAGUCUAGAGGAAGAGGCGACAUGUCAAGGCAGAUACUCUCUUGUGUCUGUAACGAUGGUUUUGUAGGUGAUGGCCUCAUGUGUUACAAUAUAAAACUCUGUAGUGACUCUUCUUGCUGUAAAGAAGGUUAUCAGUGGUCACCAGACAGGGGCUGUGUGGACACGGACGAGUGCUCUCUUACAGACUCCCCAUGCAAACUAUCUCAGGUUUGUAGAAACACUCCAGGCUCUUUCGUAUGCUUGGAGCCUUCCCCCAGCUCCAGAUCAGGUCCCUCCUCCCAGUCUGUCCAGUUCAGCUGUGGAUCCACUGUGUGUCCUUCAGGCACAGACUGUGUCAGAAUGAAUGGGACUCUCCAGUGUGCUGACCCCUGCCAGGAGUACACUGUGCUGAAUGAUGACUGGCGCUCAACAAAUAACACGUCCCCCCAGAACCCACGCUGUGACCGAAAUGUUAACUGGCAAGGCUGGUAUCGGCUGUUUCUGGGGCAAACCAGUGCUAAUAUUCCAGAGAGGUGUGUGGCUGAAAACAGUUGUGGAACCAAUGCUCCUCUAUGGAUAAAAACCCCUCAUCCCACACAGUCAGGUCAGAUUGUGAGCCGCACUGUGUGUAACUCAUGGUCAGGAAGCUGCUGUCGUUUCUCCUCACACACCAUCCAUGUCAAGCUCUGCUAUGGAAACUACUUUGUCUACAAACUUGUGCAGCCAAGCACAUGUUCGCUUGCAUACUGUGCAGAGGUGAACGAAGCAACUCCUGAAAAUCCUUCAACCACAGCUGAUCCAAGUACAGCGACCUCUUCUGCCAGUCAGGUCAAUAUCACCUCCACCACAACACCCGACAACAGCUCAGCAGUUGAGGGUGAGGUCUGUCUGGUUAACAGAGGGAACCAGUCCUGCUCUGGCAGAGUAGAGAUCUUCCACCGUGGACAGUGGGGGACGGUGUGUGAUGAUCAAUGGGGCCUGGCUGAUGCUCAGGUGGUGUGCAGACAGAUGGGCUGUGGCAGGGCUCUGUCAGCACCAUCAGUUGCCUAUUUUGGACAGGGCAGUGGACCCAUCUGGAUGGAUGAUGUCCUUUCCCUGGAUGUUCACCGUGAUUAG